AGAGAAGCCACGCACGGGGACGAAGAGGAACCAAACGACGUCAAGCGAUCGAUCGCGUCCUUUUCGAUCAGAAGAUCAGUGCUGAUAUCAGAUGGCGCACGGGCAGGAGUCGUCGCCGACGCAGGCCGCCGGCGCCGGGGCCGCCACGCUGUGCGCGAACGGCUGCGGGUUCUAUGGGAGCGCCGCGACCGAGAACAUGUGCUCCAAGUGCUACCGCGACCACCUCAAGGCCACCGACACGGCUGCCCCCGGCCCCGCCGUCGAGGGGGAGACCAAGAUCAAGGCCGACGACGUGGCCAACCUCGCCUUCAACCUCAAGACGUCGCUGAGCCUGCAGGAUCACUCUGCAGCUGCCGCCGCCGAGGCGCUGACCGCCGAGACACCAGCGGCCGAGGCGCCGGCGAAGAAGCCGACCAGGUGCAUGGCGUGCAAGAAGAAGGUGGGGCUGCUGGGGUUCGCGUGCCGGUGCGGCGGCACCUUCUGCUCGCUGCACCGCUACGUGGACGGGCAUGCGUGCAACUUCGACUACAAGAAGGUCGACCGUGAGAAGAUCGCGCAGCAGAACCCUCUCGUCGUGGCACCCAAGAUCCACAACAAGAUUUGAAGGCACAAGGAGUUCAGGAACUUGUAAAGCGUUUUUUUUCUAGGGACAUGUACAUAGUUACUACCUCUCCUCUUUAGAUCUUUCA